AUGACGGAGACAUAUUUGUCACAAACAAAUCCACAUUCACAGUUUCAAAUCCUGUUUCUACAGAGAGAUUUGUCUCUUGCUUUCCUGAAGCUCUUCGCUGACAGCUGGUCUGACACGUUCUGCUUCUGCAUCGGAACCAGCUUCGCAGCGGUUCUGGUAGCUCAGCUCCUGAUGUUAGCAGAACACGUAAAGCCUGCACGCAUCCAGCAGCCACCUCUUGCGUGCGCCAGGAAGGAAUUAGGUCGCAGCUGGGACACGCUGAGAAUAUUCUAUUCUGGAGCUACGAGGAGGGAACUUUGCUAUAAUUUAACAGUCUUCCUCUGGCAGACAGGAAUAACUGACAUCUUUGUUAGCAGCCUUUAUGAAUUUAACAUGUUGAGCAGAAUAGCUGGGAAAAGGUUGGACAGAAAGAGCUGUGCUCAGAUAUUUGGGGAGUCCAUCGGGGAACCACUGCAAAUUUGGCAACCUAGUAAUCACAGUGACUUCAGCUGCCCCAUCUGUCUCCAGACAGCUACUCUCCCAGUGGAAACCAACUGCGGACAUUUAUUCUGUGGUUCCUGUCUGAUCACGUACUGGAAGCACGGUCCCUGGCUGGCAGCAAUAACCUGCCCUCUCUGCAGACAGAAGGUGGUUCUUCUGGACAACAUCUCUUGCGAAAAACAACAAGAUAAGCCAAGUAAACAGAUUGUACAUGACAUUAGAGAUUACAACAAGCGUUUCUCGGGGCAACCUCGACCUUUUGCAGAUUACCUUUACGACACACCGUUAUUCCUGACUCUUGCCUUGCGAGGAAUCUUCACCUGGGGUGGUCUCGUCUGGAUUUUUUUCCUAAGAGUUGCUGUUUGCUCCUUUGGAACAAUCGUAUGCUUGUCUUCGCCAUUUGACACGAAGCCUGGGCCUCUCUGUAGGACGCUUGGAACAGCUGACGACAUGGUGGUUGUUUCCCUCCUUUUAAUUUGCAUGAUAAACAUUUGUCAGCAAAUUGCAUCUAAUGGGGUAAAUAUGGCAAGGUCUGCAGCUCCCAGCGUGCUGCCAGAGCCCUGA